UUGAGAACACAUCGUAGAAAUUUAGGAGGGUCUUGACUUUGGGAUAGAGGAAGUGGGACAGAGGCCAGAGAAGAGGGAAGGGGAGAGCUUUCGUUAGGGGACAUAAUUCAUGGGUGAGGUCAGCUGAGGAGUGCAUAGGCUAUUGGAGCCGCUGGAGCUAGUGCAGGGCCCAAGGGUGAGAGCUGGUGGUUUUUAGGGGGAGGUAAGGGGGUCUGGCUUAUCCUUAGGUCCUGUGGGUGGGGCGGUGGGUUGGGUCCAGAGCAUGCCCUGGUGAGAGGGCUCCUUUAGGGGAGCCCAGGGUGCUCCGGGAGCCUGCUGGUUUGGGGGUGUCUCCUCCCGGGGCGCUAUGGCGGCGUUGGCCAGUAGCCUGAUCCGACAGAAGCGGGAGGUCCGCGAGCCCGGGAGCAGCCGGCCGGUGUCGGCGCAGCGGCGCGUGUGUCCCCGCGGCACCAAGUCUCUUUGCCAGAAGCAGCUCCUCAUCCUGCUGUCCAAGGUGCGACUGUGCGGGGGGCGGCCCACGCGACAGGACCGCGGCCCAGAGCCUCAGCUCAAAGGCAUCGUCACCAAACUGUUCUGCCGCCAGGGUUUCUACCUCCAGGCGAAUCCCGAUGGGAGCAUCCAGGGCACCCCAGAGGACACCAGCUCCUUCACCCACUUCAAUUUGAUUCCCGUGGGGCUCCGUGUGGUCACCAUCCAGAGUGCCAAGCUGGGCCACUACAUGGCCAUGAAUGCCGAGGGGCUAUUGUACAGCUCGCCACAUUUCACAGCAGAGUGUCGCUUUAAGGAAUGCGUCUUUGAGAAUUACUAUGUCCUGUAUGCCUCUGCUCUGUACCGCCAGCGUCGAUCUGGCCGGGCCUGGUACCUAGGCCUGGACAAGGAGGGCCGGGUCAUGAAGGGAAACCGAGUCAAGAAGACCAAGGCAGCUGCCCACUUUGUGCCCAAGCUCCUGGAGGUGGCCAUGUACCGGGAGCCUUCUCUCCACAGUGUCCCUGAGACCUCCCCUUCCAGUCCCCCUGCCCCUUGAGCUGUAGUCCCUGGACUGGAGGCUCCCUGCACUCCUGGUGAGCCGGCCACCGCCACAGCCUGCCUCCUAGCCCUGCUCCAGGCCUUGCUCGCACCCUGCCGCCACACACAUGCCCUAAGCAGCCAGGUCUCACCAGGUGCUGUACCCUGAGGACGCUUAGAGGCUGGCUGGGACUCCUGGAGUUGCUGAGCUCUUAGAUCCUGAGACCUAGGAGACCUUCUGAGAUGGGGGUGCCUGAAAUCAUCCUGACUGAUCCACCUACUUCUUUCCACACUAGCUUCUCCCCCUCCAAAGAACCCCAAUUUUUCCUAAGAUGGCGCUGGGGCUUCCAGAACUGACAGAGCAAGGGAAUUAGCACUCCUCACCCUGGCUGAGCCAGUUUCUGAAGCCACGCACUCCUUUACAUUGUCGCCAAGCCAUAUCUUUCUAGGUCGGCCACCGGCACUCAGAACUAGUUUCCUUCUCUCUCUGCUCUACCUUCUGCCUUGGUCUGGACAGGUUCUGACCCAGCUGAACACCCAGCCAGGGCCAUUCUGUGUUCCGUACUGGAACCCAGGCAUGGAUCCUUUAAACUUCUAUGCUUGACCUAGAUGGAAUCCCCUGGUUUAAAAAGAGAGAGAGAGAGAGAGAGAGAGAGAGAGAGAGAGAGAGAGAGACUGAAUUUGAGCCUCCUAAUGUGGCCAUUGGCCUUGGUCUGAGUUGGAACCAGCCUCCGGCCACAUUACACAUGAAACCUUCUUAUCCCAGAGACGCCCAGUUCUAGAGCACGUGUUCUAGGCCUUUGCGGAGCCAUACUUCCUCCCGACUCUCAGCUCUAGCACAUAGACCAUGACUCUCAGCCCCUUUUCCAGGAUGGAACCUGGGCCUGUAUAGCCAUAUUAUUGUACUAGAGUAAGUUCUAAACCCACCCUUCUACUUCCUGUAAUGAUUAUUUAAGAAUGAGCUAUGGAUAGAACUGAGCAAUGAUUCAUUAAGAACUAAUUGGUUCUGAGCUGUGCUUAGUGGCACAAGCCUAUAAUUCAGCCUGGGGACUGAGUCAGAAGGAUUUCGAGUUGGAGGACAUCCUGAGCUAUAAUAGCAAAACCCUGUCUGAAAAGCCACGCAUGUGCGUGUAAACACACACACACACACUGGGGGAGGGGGCAGGGAGAAAGAGAGAGAGAGAGAACACACUUACUAAUCAGUACUGAAUGGAUCAAGGACCACUGCUUGUUUUUCCUAGAUAAUUUUCUAAAAUCUUCUUCCCUCUAGAAUGCUAACCUUACUUUUACAUGUUUUCUAGUUUUAGCAUUGCAGCUGGGGUUCUCCCAGGGAAACAAGAGCCUAGGGAAAGGUAUAGGAAUUCUGGAAGACUAUACCUGGUACAUGGUAGGGAAGCCAAGAGGAGGAAAAUGGCAGACUUUGACUGCUUCGGGGAGACAUGAACACUUAGCUACCUCAGCAGGAAUUUCUUACACUUGCCUCUUAAGGCUGAGGUCCUUUGCUUGAUAUGGUGUGGUGGUUUGUGAGGUGGAGGAAAAAGAAUUGGGAAUAAAGAGCUAGCCUGGGCUAUGUAGGGAGUUCAAGACCAGCCUGGGCUAUAGGAGACCCUGUCUCAAACAAAACUGAGGUCUGUAGGGAUAAUGACUCUAGAAUUAAAGAGGAUAACUAGUAACACACCUUGAACCCCCCAGCAAGGAGCCCCCCAACUCAGCAAGAAGUCCAACUUCUCCCUCCUGCAGGUCAGGCCUAGGAAAGGAGGGGCCUCUUGGGCUCCCAGACCUCAUAUAUCCCCAGAGCUUCUAACUAAAUAGAAUUUACUUUACCUACAGCUUAUAACCUCAGCUGGGUUUUAAGUACCCAAAAAGGACCUGAAAACGGGGAGUCUCUAGUAAAACGGGGUGGAUCCCGAGUCUGGCAGAUGUAGGUGGAACGGCUAUGGAGGUCCUACAGGAGGGGCUGUACCCAAAGGCAGGACACUUUUCCUCAGGCCCUUUUACUUCUGGCUUGUUGCAAGAGAUGCUCCCCCCCCACAUACACCCCGCUCAGGCUCCGCCCAUCUCCUGGCUCUACUCUCAGGGGACCGGGUCUCCAAGCUUUCUCUAAUUAAAGAUGAUUUAUACAA